UAAAAGACUCAGGUAGCUCGAAUACUGAUGCUACAUGAAACUCCAUCCUGACUUGGACCCCGAAGACAUCAGCAGAGCUCGAUAUCUCUAUGGUAAAGACUAUCUUCCUAAGUCUCCAUAUCAUGGUAGCAACUGGUGCAGAGACGAUCCGCACUAGUGGGACGAUUACUAUUGGGGGAACAGACUUGGCUCCAGAUUAAGCUCAAGACACAGUAGAAGAGGCAAAUGGUUUGGAAAUAGGUAAGAUGAUUAUUACUAUGAUGGAUAUUAUGAUGACUACUCCGAUGCCUAUUACAAAGGCUAUGAUUAUGAUGACUAUUAUUGGCAUGAUAGGCUAGGUACUUACAAAGGCAAGAGAGAUCCUAAUGCAAGGCAUGGAGAAUAUGAUCAUCGGCAUAAUGAUGCCGAGGCCAAGUUCCGACCUCCAUGGUGGUCUAAACAGCAGGACUGGGACCCUUACCUUUGGAGGAGAAACAAACCACCUCCUUUCUGGAUGUAUGGAGAUGACAAGAAGACACACUGGGAGUUCAAGAAACAAUGGGAGCGAUGGUAUAAAGGCGACUCAAAAGACUGGUGGGACAAGCAAAGUUGAGAACUUAGUCAAUGACAAAAUUCAGAAAGUUGCCAAUGACUUAACUGAAAAAGAACGAGCUCUGUAUGAUCGGAUCAAGGUUCUUAAAAAUACUGGCCAGAAUGACGACAUCAAGAAGAAGAGACUGAAGAACAAAAUUAAGGAUCAAGAGUUGCAAGAAGACUUGAGACACAACUAUGUUUACCAAAUAAUGUUUGAAAACUGGAAAAAGAAGCAUAAAGCUCUUGCUCCUUAUGAUGGGAAAGAAAUGAAACUCCCAGACAUUUGAGAUGAUGACAGGACCAGAAGGGAUGAAUGGCUUGAGUUUGAUGAAGAAAAGCUCAAGUUUCCUUCUCCUGAAGACAUCAAUAAUAUGGAUAUCAAAGAUGACUUCUUUGAUGUUGACAAGCUUCAUGAACUCAAUGUCAAAAGACUGAAGAAGUUGCCAAGGAAAAUGAAAGAUGAAGACAAGAGGUUCAAGUUUGACAUCAACUUACUGGAUGAUAAACUCUUCGGCAAACUUGACACUGAAAGACAACAAAAAGAGACAGGAGCUAUCCAAGUUACACCAAUGUAUUCAUCGAAAGAGCAAAACCAUGAUGGGUUUGGUAGUGAGCGUAAAAUAUAUGCGAAUACUUUGAAAAGCACAGGAGCAUUUGAUAGUAAGCUGAAUAGAAGUCCAAGUCAAAACAUAUUUGAUGAAGCUAGACCUAAUAAGUUUAGAGACCCUGAUAUUAGGAACUCGUCAGUGUUCAAUAAAGAUGGAGACAGAGCUGGCAAAUAUAAAUCCCUAUUGAAGCUUGCUUCAGAAAUGAUAACUUCUUAACAUAAUGUUCCAUA